CAUGCUUCACCCCUAAAAAUGAACGUACACCCCGCCACAGACCUCAAAGCAGCAUUCACAGGCUACGAACCGGGCGAUCCUCCUCUUCUCCAAGAACUAGGCAUCCAAUUCACAACCAUCCACCAAGAAUGCUCCCUAAUAUUCCACACACCAACAAAGUCAGCACACAUCGAUAGAGUGGACCUAACCGGUCCACUUAUACUAAUCUUCAUCUUCUCGUUCAUUCUACUGCUCACCGGCAAGGUGCUGUUCGGGUGUGUGUAUUUCAUGUGCGUGCUGUGCACGCUUGUAAUGCACUUCGUGCUCAAUGCGAUGGGUGAGUCUGAGAUUGAGUACGUCGUGGUCUGCUCUGUUAUGGGAUAUGCGAUGCUGCCUGUUGUGUUCUUUGCUGCUGUGCACGUUUUGAUGUGCUACUUGGAUGUUAGUGUGAAUGUUUCGUUGGUGUGUGGGGGUGUGGGCGCGUUUUACAGCGCUUUUGUGGCGAGUGAGGUGUUUGUGGCGUAUUUAAAGCUUAGGAAUGUGCGUGUGCUCGUGUGCUAUCCUACGUUUUUGGUGUAUAUGGCGUUUGUUGUUCUUGCUUUGUAUUAGUACGAUGG